GUCUGAACGACUUUCUAUUCAUUUGCUUGUCACAUACGAAGGGAUUUUAUGCCGGGCAAACGGGUUCCAUUGAUGGCUCUCUAAAACAACACUCCUUACCCGGUCCCAGACGGAUAAGAAAAAGCUCGGGGGCUGCCCUUGUGGCUGUGAUGUCACUGUGCACCCAGGCGGCAGUGGGAGGAGCCUGAGGGGCAGGAGGCGGAGCUUACGGCACGCGGACGGCGACAUGAAUCUGUGCUGGAACGAGAUCAAGCGCAAGUCCCACAACAUCAGGGCUCGCCUGGAGGCCCUGUCGGACAACAGCGGGAAGCUGCAGCUGUCCUUGCAGGAGAUCAUCGAAUGGCUGACGGCGAAGGAUGAGGAGCUGUCUGAGCAGCUGCCCAUAGGGGGCGACGUGGGGGCCGUGCAGAACCAGAGGGAGUUCCACCAGGCCUUCAUGGAGGACGUGAAGUCCAGAGGCCCCUUCAUCUACUCCGUCCUGGAGUCAGCGCAGGUCUUCCUGUCUCAACACCCGUUCGAGGAGCCCGAGGAGACGCUCGCCGACAGCAAAGAAGUGUCACCGCGGAGACGGAUCCUGAACGUGAGCCGCUCGGUGUGGAAGCAGGCCAACGUGGCCAGCGACCUGUGGGAGAAGCUGACGGCGCGGUGUGUGGACCGCCAUCGGCACAUGGAGCUGACGCUGGAGCGGCUGCUGCAGGUGCAGGGGGCCAUGGGGGAGCUGGGCCUGGCCCUGGAGCAGGCAGAGGGGGUGCGCGACGCCUGGGAGCCCGUGGGGGACCUGUUCAUCGACUCCCUGCAGGACCACAUCGACGCCACCAAGCUGUUCAAGGAGGAGCUGACGCAGGUAAAGGAGGGAAUGAAGCACAUCAACGACCUGGCGCACCAGCUGGCCAUAUCCGACGUCCAUCUGUCCAUGGAGAACGCCCGCUCCCUGGAGCACCUCAACAGCCGGUGGAAGCUACUGCAGGGCUGCAUCGAGGAGAGGCUGAAGCAGCUGCAGGAUGCCCACAGAGACUUUGGGCCCGGGUCCCAGCACUUCCUCUCCAGUUCUGUGCAGAUCCCCUGGGAGCGUGCCAUAUCCCCCAACAAAGUGCCAUAUUACAUCAACCACCAGGCCCAGACGACAUGCUGGGACCACCCAAAGAUGACAGAGCUGUACCAGGCCCUGGCUGACCUUAACAACAUAAAGUUCUCGGCGUACCGGACGGCCAUGAAGUUGCGGAGAGUCCAGAAGGCGCUGAGACGUACACUGGCAGAAAUGGAGAACCAGAACUGUUCCUUCUUCACGGACAGCCUGUCUCCGGACGAAAGCCUGGAUGAAGAUCAGUACCUCCUACGUCACUCCAGCCCCGCCCUGGAGCAGGACUCUCUGGCCGGUCAGCACAUCCUGGCGAACAUCAACUGCGAGGACAAGGACGAGCUGCAGCGGACCCUGUCCCGCCUGGAGAGCGAGAACAGAGUCCUGCAGGGGGAGUACCGGCGUCUGAAGUGGCGGCACGAGGAGGCGGCCGCCUCCCCUCAGCUUUCGGACGGGAUGGAGGGGGCGCUGGUGCCGGUGGCCGAGCACCAGGACGAGGAGCUGCUGGCGGAGGCCCGGGUCCUGAGGCAGCACAAGACCAGGCUGGAGACACGCAUGCAGAUCCUGGAGGACCACAACAAGCAGCUGGAGUCCCAGCUCUACAGACUCAGAGAGCUGCUGCUACAGCCCAAAGACGAUUCGGAAGGCAACGAGUCCGCACCCUCCACUCUGUCCUCGCCCGUGUCAGCCAGUGGCCACCGGAGGGCGCUGCAGAGCAAAGAGACGCCGGACCCGGAGGACGCAGAAGACGAGGAGGAGGAAGGUGAGCAGCACGACACAGUGCUGCAGCUACAGGAAGUGAUCGAGCAGCUGAGGAACGUCUUCCCGUCUGAGCCCGGCACUCCGACUCUCAUCUAAGCCCGAGGCAGAGCCUGGACUCCAUUGGGCUGUUUACCCAGAGUGCACUGGGAGGGGGCUCGAGCGCAGAUGUGCCCGGCGUGCGUCGGGUUUGAAGAGCAUCCUGGAUCUUUCCGCACUAGCCUCCAGACAGCCAGCGUCAAAAGGGCCUGUAUUUGUUCAGACAGUGUGGGCUCUGAAACCGGGGAAGGUGUGAAGUUUUACCAGCGCAGCUCAGCACAAAAGACCGACCUUCACCGCGGGACUUCAGCAGUGUGAGAGGAGGGCACAGGGGCCGUUCCUGCUCACUGGAGUGCCGAAGCACCUCCUGGCAGAUGCCGGGCCCCCGGUCGGGGCGCUGCGCCUCCCUGCACAGAAGGAGGAGUGGCCCCGGGCCCCCAGGCCUCCGGGCUCCCUUCCCAGAAUUCCCCCACAGCAACCCGGGGUGGGAGGGGCAAGCAGUGGAGGGUCAGGUGACACAGUUUGACAGAGCACAGUUUACAUGCCUUAAAAAAAAAACCGGCGCGUUUCACUGUUUUUUCCACUGCAGUGAGGUUUUAUUAACGGAAGCCCAAUCGCUCCUACCCCUGCAUCCACAAGUGCAGGAGAUGUAGACGUGUGUCAGAGAAGCGUCUCUCGUGCUUCUGUGCAUUCACAAUCAGGAGAUGGGAGCAGCGACACGAGAGCGCUUCAUCGCAGAUUGAGAUGAAGGGUAGCGUAUGAAGACAGCGGCUGUAUUUCUACUGUAAUGAGGAACAGUGCAACAGUGUCUCACUAGAUUAGAGCUGGCAGCCCUGUUAGGCCGGUGGAGAGGGCAGAGGACGGUUAUUAGGAAGGGUAACGGGGUUUGAUAUUCCAGAAAGCGAGAAGACGUCUCCAGGGUUGCAUGUGUAAAUAUUCACUGUGAUAUAUUCGCGAAGAGAGAGAGGAAAAAAAAAAAAAAAAAUGUCCAGGAACAUUUACAUUUCAAAAGAGGGCACAGUUACUGCGUUUCUUCUCCGGAGUUCAGCAGAGCUGCGCAUCCGCGGGGGGCAGGGAGCCAUCUUGGCUCUAACCCUGUGGUCCAGUGCGGGUUCCAAUCACCGUCUCACAUUUGUAAGGUUUCUUCCUUCGGGCACAAUGUUCACAUCUCCACUUCGCACCACGCCGCUCCGACCGCGUGUUGCCAUGCCGUCGCUAGGAUACGGUCCCCAUGGAUGCGGCGCUGCAGGUUGGAGGCUGGAAGGUGGGGCAGUGUUCGUUAUGGAGAGGCUUAAAAUUACCAUACAGGAGGAGAGGCAGCGCGUCCGCACAGCUAACCACACGAUCGCCCUCAAGACAAGGCGGCUGGCAUUGAUAUGCACCAAAAUCAACGUCUCUUACAAUCGCCAAGGAAACCAUGUUCUCAGACCCGGAGUACUGCAGAUGUGGACCACGUGGCCUUAAAAACACUAUUCACACGUUAUGUCGACUGAUUACAACAUAUUUAUUAUGCUUUCAGUUUGUAUGGGUAAUUUACAGUACAAUAUAUGUGAGUACAGCUUAUUUCUCAGCACACGUUUCGGUUAGGAUUAGAAUAAUUUCUACACGGCAAAGGACCCAGCAGCUUACCACCAAAGGAAGCAGCAUGGCAGGUCAUCCUAUGAUGCAGCACAUAGCAGACCAAAGCUGCUGUUAAAUUUAAAACUGCAUUAAUAUCAACCAGAUUUUAAAAAAGCACCGUAGUGUCACAGAAAAUAAACACAGACGGAAACACGUGCGCAAGGUUCUCUGGGACUGAAAAAGAGAAGACUCACACGCCCGCUUGAUGUAAAUAAUAGUACUUAUUUUGUCAUGAGAACAAAUAAUGUUUUGAGCACAUAGGUCUUCAUCAGAACCAGGUUAACCAUUAACUGUUCUCAUACCAAAAUGAAUACUGUUUUUUUCUGGAGCAUCAAGCAAGUGCGUCAUCUCUUUUCCAAUCUUAAAGGUACAAUAGGUAAUUUCUGACUUCUAACGGUCCAGAGAGGAAUUGCAGCAACUAACACCCUCAAACCACAACACUGUUUAUUUAUCCCUCCCCCUCUG